AUGUGUCAAAGAAAGUAUGUUCUAGAACUGAUAGCUGAGGCUGGACUAGGUGGAGCCAAACCAGCUGUUACUCCUCUAGAACUGAAUCAAAAGCUGUCCUCUCAAGAGUAUGUCAAGUACACACAAAGCAGUAGCAAGGAUGAAAGUCUCAAGGAUGCAGGUCCCCUAUCAGAGAUUAGUGGGGAGGCUGUUAUAUCUCACCAUGACCAGACCUGCCUGGCCUUUACAGUCCUGAGUCAGUACAUGCAUAGUCCAAAGACUUCUCAUAUGGAAGUUGCCUUGAGAGUGGUUAAGUACAUAAAGGAAGCACCUGGACUAGGAUUGUUCAUGCCUGCACAGAACUUUGAUCAACUACUAGCCUACUGUGACUCAGACUGA